AUGCCCACCCCCUACCGCAAAAUCGGCCGCGGCGCAUGCGAAAGCGUAAAACCAGGUGCACCACCAUCACGAUACUUCAAGCUCCGCAACAAGCCCUUACACCUCAACCAACUCCGCGCCUUGCGGUGUCCAGUGGAAGUCUACGCCCGCGCCGUGGCCGACGCACUAGCGCUUCUCUACUGGGACGCUCAAGUUGACGCGCACGAUGUGGAGUUCGUGCUUGCGCCGAAGGGGUCUCGUCAUCGGGAGAGCGCUUGCUGGGAUCAUGAGAUACUUGGAGAGCACACAAUGUGGAUCCUCGACUUCGACCUCGUGCGGAAAAUCGAUUUGAAUGAACAAGGGGUGGAAAAGUGUGUGCAGGCUUUUUCGAUGAAUGAUAGUUACUACCCACGACCUGGCGGGCUGGAUGCAGGGCUGUGGGCGGUGUUUAAGACAAGGUUUCUCGAGAGUAGUGAGGUUGUCCUUGGUGCCAGUGAGCUUCCGCGGCUAUUAGUCAGGCGGUUGGAGGAAGAGGGAGUGAAGAGGCGGGAGAGGGCUAGGGCGCUGAAUGAGGAGGGGGAGUGA